AUGAGUAAUCAAUUUGAUUAUAAACUUUAUUAUUCUAAUAAUCAAGGAAAAACCUUCCACAUUGAUAAUCAAGGCUGUGUUUUUGAUACCGAUAACCCGGGAUACUCGAGGUUAUUGGGUCAUUUAACUAACGAAGGCUUAAUGAAAUCGAUAGGCGUUUUGACCUUAGACUCUUAUCGCGUUAAAGUCGCGACUCCUACUCCUAUAAAACGACAUAGGUGUAUCUGCGGAAAAUCAUUUCAAUCUCCAAGUGCGUUGAAAACUCACUCUAACUCUCAUACUAGAGAAAUAUCAUAUACAUGUCAUGUUAACGGAUGUGGAAAGUCUUACACGACGAGAAGCAAUCUUCUUCGUCACAGCAAAAUUCAUACUAGAGGAACAACGACAAAUAAGACCAAUGAAUUUAAUUAUUAUUAG